AGUGCUCAGUGUCGUGUGUACUACAAUGAUUUAAAUUUAGUCGGAAGAAUUAAAAUGAAUACGAUUUGUUUCCUCCUCUUGACUUUUUAUGGUGUGUGUACAGUUUUAUCGAAUACAGCCAUACCUUACGAUUUGAGAGAAUGUUAUACAAACAGAACUAUUUGGGGUUCUCAGCUCCCAAUGAAUUUGCGAGUAAUUAUAGACAUUAUCCGAAAAGUCGAAAGACAUUCGUACUCAUCGAUGAAUAUAAUAACAAUUUCUACUUCCUUAUUGCGCAGAUUCAAGUUCGAUGGGGUCGGUUUCGAUGAAAAAGUUAUUCCGAUUAAUGGAAUUUUGCCAUUUAUUGCUGACCAACCACAGAGAGCAAAACAGGAAAUUGUGGAAGAAUUGAUUCCUGGGGAUCCAAAUAGAUUUCCUUCUGAUGUUCUCACAUUAUUAGAACGUUGCACUUUACACCAUGCAAUUUCAAAUACGAUCUGGUAUCAUCAACUUCCAAAUGAAGAUCAUUUUUGCAUGUCUGGUCCUAUCGAGAAACUGAUAGGUAGAACUUCAAUAAAGGGAACGAAAAUUUGCCCGAAAGAAAAUGGAGUGAUUUUAACUCGGUUUGGAACAAUUUCUCUCGGAAAUGUAAUUAGUGCCAUUGCUGCAUCCCUCGAACCACAAAAAGUAGAACUCAACUUGUUAUUUUCGUCGACGAAUCAAAAAUAUUCAGAUUUCCCACCUGGCAGUAAAGCCAAGAAUUCUGUAUAUAAUGAGGAGGAUGUGGAUUUUAUUAUUCCCAAAGAUCAAAUUGCAUUAAAGCGAUCGAUGUGGGUUCAAUCUCUUUCUUCAACCACUACAAAACUCGAUAAUAUUUGGGUUGCGACUCUAGCCAGCGAAUUGGCAGAGCUGGUCGUUUAUCAAGGUCCAAUUGUAGGUUCUGAAAUGUCUAUUGGAGCCACUGGAUUUUGGAAUAGCACAAUGCGUCCGGCUAUAUUUUAUGUUUCAAAUAGACGUGGAUUUUUCGAUGCAACGAGAGCAGAAAUAAUUGGCAGCAUUGAUGGUCUCGUAAUCGCUAAAAAUUUGCCAGAAUGGUUUAAAAACUUCCAAAGUUUUCGUCUGAGCCAAGUUUUAGAAAUGUAUUAUUCCGAUCGAGGAUUUGCCUUCGAUAAAAAUAUAAAAGCUUGCCAUCGAGGAAAGAAUUUUGUUCAUAUUGCACCGGGGACGGAUUUGGAGGAACAGACUCUCGCUGUCUCUAAAAUACUGGCUUUUCGAAACGGAAACGUGUACAUGACAGAUGAAGCUAUUCAACGAAUGGUCAAUUAUGCCACAAAUACUUUCACACAUUAUGCGAAUAAUCACGUUUUUACGGAAUUAAAUUGUCGCAGAGACAAUCCUCAGCCAAGAGUAGAAAUGUUUGUCGCAUUCGACGGAGCCUGGUCCGAAGAUUACACAACUAAUUUUUUAUCAGUUUUAAUAGACGAUGUCGACGUUUCAAUGUUCGGUUCUAAAAUGGGAUUGAUACACGGAUCAACUGGCGAAUGGUUACUUAAUCUUACAAAUAGUCCAGCUUCAAUCCACGAGAAUUUGAAAAACUUACAAAAAAUUGAAUGGCCAGUCAAAUUUAAUUACACGGCAGUGCUUCAAUCUUUUUCUAAAUAUUUGGCAAACGCCUGGAAAGAAAAUGAAGAAAAAUGCAAAAUCGGAAAUAUUGGCCAGGCUCUAGUUUUACUUAUACCUCGAGCUCGACUAAGUGAAAAGGAAGAGGAAUCAGCUUUAAAUUUAAUCAAAGAAAUAAAAUUAAAACACCCUGAAAUUUAUUUCUUGUAUUUUAUCUCGGAAAGGAAUACGGAUCUAUUUAAAAAGUUUUUAAUUUCGGAUGAAGAUCGUUUAAUUCGAAGUUCUUAUAUUGGGGAUAUUUCUAGAAUUCUUCUGGAAGUUCCUGUAAGUUUAAGACCAGUGUACUGCAAAAUUAAUACCGUAGGAGUAAAAACACAAAUGGAAGAUUAUAUUACUCCCCAAGAAUCGAUCACCUACAAAUUACAUUCACAAUGGAGAUCUAAUACGAAGAAAAUUACACUAUCGAUCCAUGGAGUAGGAUACGGAACAAUGGAAAUUUGUACCUGGACAAAGUGGAAAAUCAACGAAGCCCAGAAAGGUUUUUACUGUCAACCCAUGACUGGCUUCGAAGAUAUUAAAUUCCUAGACUUCUCAAAAUGUUCAAAAAAGAAAAAAUGCCCUGAUCUUUAUUAUCAAGUACAAAAAGUGAAAUCCUUAACGAAAUGCGCUGAAAUGGACUGCAAAUCGCCCGACCAAGUGCGAUACAUACUCCGAAUUGAAAACUCGCAUUAUUCUCACUCUCAAAAAAUCCAGCCUCAAUUGAAUCUAUUAGUUUCUACUUUAUUAUUUUAC